GAGUGGUUAAACGCACGGACACAUUUGUGGUUGAGCGGUAGCUAAUGUGUGAUCUUUAGCAGAAAUGUGAUUUGCAGUUUACACCAUCAGUCUGCAGAUAUAACAGAUAUAUAUAUAAUUUGAACAGAUAUGGUAAUUUUUUGACAAGAAGCUAAGCUACCACAGUGACUGUCAGAACAGCUUUUCUCAUGUGAGCUAACGUUAGGCUGCUGUCAGGAGAAGGACCGUGCGCUACGAUGCUAACGACUUUAAUGGGCAGAACCCUAACGUUAAAGUCUCUGUUUGCAAAAUUAUCAAUAUCGCUUUAAUGAGAUUAAGUUGCAUUGAGUAAAAAACUUAAUCACCAGUAAUCUUCUCUAUCGCACACCCCAGCCUGUGAUCUAAAACAACUCACAGGAUGCCAAAUACCAGUGCCAGGCCGAAGCAUAGCAGGAGGAACCGCAGGCGACGCAGAGAGGACCCUGCCAGGAACGAGCUGGUCUCUAGUUCCCUAGAAAGCGCCCAGCAGUGCCUGUUCCACCAAGAUUAUGGAACUGCGUUUGUGCACUACCUUCUUGUCCUCAACCUCGCACCUGUGUUUAAGGACUUUGCAAGGGAGUCCUUCAGGUUCACUCUCUUCAAAUGGGCAGAGGAGCUAGACUCUGUGGGCCGUAUUCAGGACCUCUUUAACUGUUACGAACAAGCGCUGGAACUUUUCCCUUCUGACGAGGUCAUCCUAAACAGCAUGGGUGAACACCUGUUCAGGAUGGGAUUUAGAGAUGAGGCUGCAGGUCAUUUCCAUAAAGCCUUGAAGCUGAGACCGGACUACCCUGAGGCCAGGGAGAACUUCUACCGUGUGGCCAACUGGCUGGUGGAGCGCUGGCAUUUCUUAAUGCUCAAUGACCAUGGGAGGAACCAGAAGUACCAGCAGGCCAUUCAGAAGGCUGUUCAGAGCGGCUGCAACACUGUACUUGACAUAGGUACUGGCACUGGGAUCCUUGGUAUGUGUGCUAAGAAGGCAGGGGCUGCCGAGGUGUACGCCUGUGAGCUGUCAAAGACCAUGUAUGAACUGGCCUGUGAGGUGGUGACUGCUAAUGGAAUGGAUGGCAGCAUCAAGAUCCUCCAUAUGAAAUCUCUGGAGAUGGAAGUGCCAAAGGACAUCCCACACAGGGUGUCCUUGGUGGUGACGGAGACGGUGGAUGCAGGAUUGUUUGGAGAGGGCAUUAUAGAGAGCCUCAUUCAUGCCUGGCACCACCUCCUGCUGCCACCACAGAGAGGUGAGAAUGAAUUCAGGGAACAGUCUGCAACAGGACGGGUCAUCCCCGCUGGAGCCACUGUGUUUGGCAUGGCAGUUGAAUGCGUCGAGAUCCGCCGGCAUCACAGGACGUGUGUGUCAGAGGUGGGAGGCCUGUCCAUGGCUGCAGCCGGGGAGCUCCGUAGUCCAGUGAGCUGCAGCUCUGAGCCGGAUGACUCCAUGGAGCCGUACACCACAGAGAGACUCAGCAGACUGCCGGGAGGAUAUAAACCUCUCACUGAGCCCUUCACAGCCCUCAACAUAGAUUUCAAUAAUGUGCAGGAACUGGAGGGCCUGAGCUCCAGGGAGGUUCAGCAGGUCCACCUGCCUGUCCUUCAGCAGGGCGAGCUGGAUGCUCUGGCUGUGUGGUUCCAGCUCCACCUGGAUGAGGAGAGCAGUCUGUCCACUGGACCCCAGGAGGACACCUGCUGGGAGCAAGCCAUCUACCCUGUGCACACCGCCAAGGGUUUUGUGCUGAAACCUGGAGAUGAGCUGAUUGUCGAGAUCUCCUGCCGAGAUGCCUACCUGAGGCUCUGCAGUGUCGCUGUGCUGAGAGAGGGUCAUGAGAUGCGUCUGGACAAGCGUGUUGACUCGCGGUACUCUGGAAAUCCCAGUUCAAACCCAAACCCAGAGGCAGAACUGUGCAGUGCGUUAGCAUGUCUUCAGACUGGCCAGAAUCAAACCAAAGACUUCUGCAUGCUGGAAUGUUCAGAAAUGGCGCUCCUCAACAACCAGGAGUACCAUCAGAGUUUUUGCAGCGCGUUAGGAAAACUCAUGUCUCAGCUGAAGGUUAAAAGCCGAAACCGAGAGCAAGGAUCAGGUGUUCAGUCUGACAGCAGUGACCUGCUGUACGUGCUGGAUGUGUCAGAGGGCUUUUCUCUGCUCUCUCUCAUCGCUGCCAGCCAGGGUCAUGUAAAAGCCUACAGCUCUGUGGAAAAGGACAAGCAGCAGGAAGUGCUAAAGAGACUGGCUCGCUCCAAUAAUGUCUCAGAACAGCAUCUAGAGUUCUGGCUCAACCACAUAGAGGACGAGCACGGGAUGCUGAAGAGGCCGUCCAGGGAGAAGCUAUGGAGUGCCAUCAUCCUGGACUGUGUAGAGACCUGUGGCCUGAUAAGACAGAAGCUGAUGGAGAAAGCUUCACUGGCCAGGUGUCUGCUGGAGGAAGGAGGACACAUUUUCCCAGAGCGGAUUGUGGUGUAUGGUAUGCUGGUGGAGUCAGACACAUUGCUGCUGGAGAGUGCUGUCCAGGGCCAGGAGCCGACACUGGGUUUCAAUAUUGCUCCCUUCAUCAACCAAUUCACUGUACCAGUCCAUGUGUUUCUGGACUUUUCCACACUGGAGUGCAGGCAUCUCAGCGAGUCUGUGGAGCUCUUUGUUCUCGACCUCAUGGAUGCCAACGCGAACUACACCAACAGAGAAGUGAAGGUUCAGGCUACAUCUGCAGGCAGAAUAACAGCAGUUCCUUUCUGGUACCACAUCUACCUGGACCAGGAGAUCAGUGUCAGCACCCUCAGCCAGAACUCUCACUGGAAGCAGGCGGCUGCUGUGCUGCAGCAGCCCAUAGAAGUACGAGCCGGAGACUGGGUCCAUCUCGCUGUGAAGCUUCACAAGAGCACCAUCUCUAUAUCGGCCCAUGUAGACAGUUCCCCCAGGCCGAUGGUGUAAUAACCGCUUACACUCUAGCUUUGGUUUUAUUUUUAUAUAUUUCAAGUUAAAAUUAGAUUAUUGUCACAUACUCUGUAGGGUAUUUAUUAAUACCAGAAAGGGAUUUCCCUUCUCCAUUGUCAUUUUUCACAAAUGUAAUACCAGUCUUCAAAUUUCCUCGUUUCCCCAGACACACAGGGUCUCUGUUUAGAGAUUUACCUGCAUGACCCAAACUCUUGUACCGGUGGGAAGCAGAUUCAUGACAAAGACUUUUCUAACUAUGAACCUUCAUGUUUUUCUUUGUAAAUUUUGCUGUAAAGUCAAAGGACAUUUAUAAUUUGUACUUAUAACAUUUGUAAGUAUAUAAUAUAAAUAUUAUAGUUGUCCCUUGAUUAUGGCUGCAGUUGUUUUUGUAAAGAUGUUUGUGGGUAUCAAUAAAA